AUGUCGUCAAUCACCAAUGUCGACCUGCUUUCUGCAGCUACCAAUCCAUCCUACUUUUCCACCCUGGUCACGACGAAUGUCUCGAACCCAACUACAAUCAGUCUUCUCUCUUACAAUUCAAACUUCUCAAACGUCAUUGGGGAUGGAGCCACAGCCCGCCAAUUGUACGAUCUAGAUUGGGAGGCAUUCCACGAAAUGGGCACCUACAAUCGCGAAACCAAUUCUCUUUACAUAACGUCCAACUACGACUCCUUGCAAAAUCCGAUUAAUAUUACAAUCCUUGACCUAUCUUCCGACAACUAUCCUCUGAAGUCCAUCCGUUAUCCAGAAGUCCGCGAAGCCAACGGCGGAACCAAUUGGUACCCACCUGGCUCAAAUACAUCCGAACUCCUCUUCUGCGACGAAGGCGAUUUUGAACAUUACUCUGGCUUGGUUUCCGUGAACCCAAGCACCAACAAGUCCACCGUAAUUGUCAACAAUUUCCUUGGCCGCAACUUCAGUUCUGUAAACGACGUGCGACAGCACUUUGAAACAGGCGACUUGUGGUUCACGGAUGCGGAUUACGGAUACUUCCAGUAUUUCAGACCAGAACCAACGAUCCCGAAACAGGUAUAUCGCUUCGACCCCAGCGCGGGCGAAAUCGCUGUUGUGGCCGAUGGAUUUGACCAGUCUAAUGGCUUGGAAUUCUCGCCUGAUUUCAAGACGUUGUACGUGACCGAUACUGGCGCGCAGCAUUUCACGCCCAACCAGACUCGACCAGCCACCAUUUACGCCUAUGAUGUUAUUGAUGGCAAAACUCUAGCAAAUAGAAGGACAUUCGCAUUUGUAGAUACGGGUUUCCCGGAUGGCAUUCACACCGAUACUGAGGGAAAUGUGUGGGUUGGCGCCGGCGAUGGUGUACAUAUCUUCGACCCAAGAGGUACCCUGCUUGGUAAGAUUUGGGUAGGCGUCACCUCCAACAACUUUGCUUUCUUACCAGGAAAGGUGUUGGUAUUUACGAACAGCCAGUUGUGGAUAGUAGAGAACAUCAAGGCUGUUGGUAGGGAGAUUUGUAGAGAUUUUGGCGUCUGCUGA